UCACCAUAUUUCUAUAUAAAGUUCAGUUCACGCGAUAGUUAACAUACACAUGUCAAAUUUAAAUGCUCUAAAAUGACAGUUUUACUAUUUCCAAAUGUGCUAAUUUCAGUUCAAUUGUAGACGUUAAUUUGAAUGUUAUUGUUACGUUAAGUAAUUUGUUGUGUAUAAUAAUAAAACUUUUUUAAAGUUAGUAGAUUUCUUCUUUGUUACAUAUAUAAAUACAUCAUUUUUAGUUACAAUCUGUAUAUAUUUUUCAGCAUAUAAAUAGUGUUGAUGGUAUAUUUUUAAAGAAUUAUUAGUACCUAUUCAUAAAUUAUGAUAAAGUCAAAAGAUUGUGAUUUUGAAUUAGCAUAUAAAUUACAUCAACAAGAAAAUCGUUUUGGAUUGACAGAAAAUGCAAUUUUACCUGCAAAUAAAAAUGGAGGGAAUUAUAAGCCCAGAACAUUAAUUGAUCAGACUUUAGAACUAAUUGAUCCAACUCCUAAUAUACAUACAUUAUUUGUACAAUUUAAUGAACGUUUCUUUUGGAAUGUUUUACUUCCUGUUGAAGUUAAAUGGAGCAGUAGAAUGACAAGCUGUGCUGGUGUAUGCAGUUUCCAUCCUAGAAAUCGACAAUGUAUAAUUGCACUUAGUGCACCAUUAUUAAAACUUAGACCAAGGAAAGAUCUUAUUGAAACUUUAUUGCAUGAAAUGAUUCAUGGAUAUUUAUUUCUCACAAAUAAUAACCGUGAUAGAGAUGGACAUGGUCCAGAAUUUUGUAAACACAUGAACAGAAUAAAUAAAGAAGCAGGAACAAAAAUAACUAUAUACCAUAGCUUUCAUGAUGAAGUUAGAUUAUAUCAACAACAUUGGUGGAGAUGCAAUGGUCCCUGUCAAAAAAGAGCUCCUUAUUUUGGUACUGUACGUAGAGCCAUGAAUCGUGCACCAGGCCCAUCUGAUUUUUGGUGGAAAGAACAUCAGCAAACUUGUGGUGGUCAGUUUAUUAAAAUUAAGGAACCAGAGAAUUUUAAAGCAAAAGGUUCAAAGAAAGUAAAAUCUACUCCCAAAAAUGCUAGUUCAGCAAGCAAUAUAUUUACUUGGCUCACAAAAACUCCUCCACCUAACACUGAACUCAAAUCACUACCAGAUAAUCAAAAGUCAUUAGAUGAAUUCAAAAAACUUGGAAAUAACACAAAUAAUGUUCAUGGGUGGGGUACAGGGGGGCCAAACACUGUAAAUAAUUUACAGAAAUCUAAUAGUUCUAAUACUACUUCAGUUUGUAAUAUACCUAAAUUCUCUUCUUCUGGAGUUCUUGGUGGUUCUAAUACGGGAAAAAGUAAUCUAUUGAACAAGUUUUUUGAUACUCAUAGAUCUAAGACAGGUGUUGUAUUUUCAAAAAAAGCAAUAGAUUUGCCAAUUGUCAAUCUAACAACAAAAAAAUCAAAUAAUAAUAAUAAUCAGUCAUCAAAAGAACCAGAAGUAAAAUUCGUGGAAUGUCCAAUAUGCGGUACUUUUAUAUUGAACAAUGACAUAAAUAAGCAUGUAGACCAGCAUUUAAUAGCAAAAGAUGAAGAAACAAAAAAGAAAGAAGUUAGUUCACAAGGGAAAACGGAUAAUUUUUCACUUGUACAAAAAAGAAAAAAUGAUACCCCUAUAUUUUCAAAUAAACAGCCAAAAUUAAAUACAGUAGAAAAUUCAAGAAAAACUAAUUGUCCUGUGUGUAGUAAACCUUUUGAACUUGCAAGUAUAAAUGAACAUCUCGAUAAGUGCCUUUUAGAAACAGAUGAGCAAGCUAAUAAUUCAGUUACUAAUUUAGAUGAUACAAACGAUAAAAAUGAAAGCAUAAUUUCUAUAAGUAGUACAUCCAGUACUGGUUCAUCUCCAAAGGAUUCUCAUUUUACCCCAAAACUUAUGAAAAAUAAUGCGACUGAAACUACCUCACACAAUUGUUUAGUUUGUAAUGCCUAUAUUCCAUCUGGGAUGUCGUUAAUCGAUCACCUAGAAGACUGUAUUGGGAAUGUUUUUAAUGAUGAUUUAUCAUUAUCCACUGACUGUGAUAACGAAGAAAUAUCAGAAAUAUCCUCAGAAAUAUUGAUUGAUCAGGAUGAUAAGUAUCCCUGCCCUGUUUGUAUGCAAUUAAUAUCAAAAUCGCUUAUGAAUCAACAUUUAGAUGUAUGCCUUAAAAGUACAUAAUUAUAAUUUUAAAAAAUU